AUGUCUCCCAGUACUCGCCAGGCGCUUCGAAAGAGCGUAAAUAAUAUGUCCGACCCGGAGAAAGUCCCGCUACUGGAGCCAUCCAAUAACGUGAAGGAACUGGAAGCAACCGGGGAUGAAAACCUGCAGUAUCGGAACAAUGGACGUGACUCCAAGUCUUCCUACUCAAACACUCAGACGAUAAUUCGAAUGCGCCUUCGUCCAGGGCCGAAUGGGCCACGUCUCUCCUUUCUGACCGUCUCUAAGGAAGGGACGAAGAAGAAAAGUGGGUUUCAAAAGAUCCGCAGUCACGUCGAAAAUACGAAUCCCGAAGAAAAACGACACGAUUGGAUGAGACGACUGCGCCCAAAGCCUCAUCGCUGCGUCAGCUAG